AUGUUGAAGCUAGCAAAUCCCGGCACUAUUGCUGAUUUGGAAACUGAUGUGGAUGAUGACGGGGACGAACGUUUUAUGUACUUGUUUCUAGCAUUUGGUGCGUCAAUUAGUGGGUUUAGGAAGCUGAGGCAUGUUUUGGUUAUUGACGGUACACAUCUCAGUGGCAAGUACAAAGGAGUGCUGUUAACCGCAAGUGGGCAGGAUGUAAAUUUUCAAAUAUUCCCACUUGCAUUUGCAGUUGUGGACAGUGAGGAUGAGGAUGCUUGGACAUGGUUUCUUCAGAAAGUAGAGAGGAUUCUAUGUGAUUCACCAUCUCUUGCGAUUAUUUCAGACAGGGCUGUGAGCAUAUCUAAUGCAGUGAGUAAGAUUUACCCUCAGGCGAAGCAUGGGGCUUGCAUUGUUCAUCUUGCUAGGAAUGUGAAUUCAAGAUUCUCUAGUAAGAACCUUGCAAAGAUGGUUACUGCCGCUGCGAUGGCACAUAGUGUGGGGGAGUUCAGAGAUUAUUACGGGAAGAUUAGGGCGGCUAACAGCGAGUGUGGCAUUUAUCUGGGACAAAUUGGUGUUGCUCGUUGGUCAAGAGCCAAUUUCCCUGGUGAUAGAUAUAACAUUAUGACGAGCAAUAUUGCUGAACAACUGAACAAGGCUUUGUUGGAAGGAAGGGGAGCUGCUAUAGUAGAGUUGCUGACUUUUAUUCAGAGGAUGAUGACCCGAUGGUUUUGUGCGAGAAGGAAAAAGGCUGAGAAACACAGGGGAUUGGUAAGCGUUGAAGUGGACAAACAGAUGACUAAGAACAUGGCAACUAUGAAGGGGAGCAAGAUAAAUGCCGUGAAUAGCUGGAGCAGCCAAAUAUUGGGGAAGUUUGGAAGAUCAGACAAAGUGAUGCUAGCAGAGAGGAAAUGUAGUUGUAAGUAUUUUGAUAAUAUCAAAAUCCCGUGUGGCCAUGCUAUGCUUGCAGCUGACGGGGUAGGUGUGCCUUACGACACAUUGUGUGGGCAUUGGUACAAAACGAAUGUGUGGAGGGAGACGUACGCAGGCGUUAUCAACCCCCACGGUGCUGCUAAAGAUGUUGAUAUACCUGAAGAAGUCAGCAGUCAGGUUGUUUACCCUCCUAAUACGAAGAGACAACCUGGUAGACGUCGCAAGAUACGCAUACCAUCAACCGGAGAGAUAAGGGCGCCUAAGAAGAAAGUUACAAAGAACAAAUAUGGUAGGUGCAGGGAGGAAGGACACAACAUGACUAACUGCUGUGUGCCUAUCUAA